AUGGCUCUCGAGGCCGGUGCCUCCUGGCUGGACCUCAACUGCGGCUGCCCCAUCUAUGAGGCGACCAAGCGGGGCCUGGGGUCGGCGCUGCUGCGCAAUCCGAGGAAGCUCGCGCGGCUGGUGGCCGGCAUCGCAGAGGGCACGCAGCUGCCGCUCACGGUCAAAGUGCGCACGGGGACGUCCGCGUCAAAGAUCAACGUGCAACAGGUCGUCGAACUGCUGCAGGGCGCCGGCGCUGCGGCUGUCAUCGUGCAUGGACGCACUGCAGAGCAGCGGUAUAAGAAGCCAGCUGACUGGACUCUCCUCACUGAGGUGGCGCGUUCACAUGACGUCCCCGUCAUUGGCAACGGCGACAUUCUGACAUACUAUGAGGCACAGGAAAGGCUGGAUGGCAGCGGCUGCCUGGCACAGAUGGUGGGGCGAGGGGCGCUCAUAAAGCCCUGGAUCUUCCAGGAGGUCAAGGAGGGCAGGGAACUGAAUUUAGAUGCGUCAGAUCGGCUGGGUAUCUACCGCCAAUUGGUCUCCCACAUGAAGGAGCACUUUGGGGACGACGCCAAGGGCCGAAGGAAGGCCUUCUACUUCCUGCCCUGGCACUUUGACUUCUUCUGCCGGUAUAGGUGA